AAAAUAUCUCCCCACAUUCAAUUCCUCAUGUAAAAGAAAAGAAAAAUCUCUGGGAAAAUAAAAUAAAAUAAAAGGGGGUAUUAGUAAAGGAGAUUGCGAUCCCAAAAGAAAGAUCAAGAGAAGAGAAGAGAAGAGAAAAAUGGAGAGAUGUAACAAGAUGCCUAAUAGGAGUGACAUUCACUUGUCAAAAGAGGAAGAGGCAAAGAUAGAGGCAGAGACGAGAGAGUACUUUGAUGGAAUAACACCCAAACGACACACUAAGCCUCAAAGGAGUGAAUACUCAUCAAAAUAUGUUGAUGCUUUCUCUAACACUCCAAAUGGCUUUAUUCCUGAAUUCUCUGAGUUCCAACGUUUGGAAAAAUAUGAUCCUCAGAAACUAGUUUAUACAGGUAGCAAAGCAGAGGAGGAGUAUGUAGAGACGGAGUAUUACAAGGAUCUCAACUCUAUUGACAAGCAACAUCACACCACAGGAAAAGGGUUCAUAAAGAUGGACAACACAAGUGGCAAGUGCUUCAACUUGGGAUCUGAUUCUGUCACCGACUGUCACGAACAUUCCAAGUGUAACCCAGCCACUAACGACUGGUUUCCAGCUCCAGAUCAGACUGCAAACUCAAUAACUCUGCUUUCGGGCAAGCCUAAUAGGAGUGACAAUUGAAACGGAGAGUAGAAUGGGAUUGCUGUUAUACCUUCAUCUUAUUCAGAGAGAUAGAUAUUGCUAUUAUUUAGUUUUAUCUCUAUUGUUACUUUAAAAGGGUCAAUGAAUUUGUUGUUGCGAAAUAACCAUACUUGACCAUUUUCAUGGGGGUGAUAAUGCCUUUUGUUUGAGAGGGUCAAGUACAGACUGAUAGUCAUGAGCUGUGGUGCAUGAUUGUGUAUGUUGCCAUUGCAUUGCCUUUUUCUUUCAUUUGGAUUACCAUUCCUCAUAUUCUGUACUCCUAUUUAACGUUGAUAAAAUAAGAACAUUUAGUCAAAA